CGCCGCCGCCCCGCCAUGCUGCUGGGCCCCUGGCUGGUGGCGGCGGCGGCGGCGGCGGUGGCGGCGGGCGCCGGGGCGGGCUGCCCGGUGCUGUGCACGUGCCGCGGGCAGGCCGUGGACUGCAGCGGGCAGCGCCUCUUCUCGGUGCCGCCGGAGCUGCCGCUGGACACCGGGAACCUGAGCCUGGCGCACAACCGCAUCGCCAGCAUCCCCCCGGGGUACCUGUCCUGCUACGGGCAGCUCCGCGCCCUCGACCUGCGCAACAACUCCCUGGCCGCGCUGCCGGCCGGGCUGUUCCUGGGCGCCCGGCGCCUGGCGCACCUGGACCUCAGCUACAACAACUUCAGCCUGGUGCCGGCGGACAUGUUCCUGGAGGCCAGCGGCCUCCUGCGCCUGGACCUCAGCCACAACCCGGGGCUGCGGCGCGUCCACCCCGACGGCUUCCGUGGGCUGGCGCAGCUGCGGGAGCUGGACCUCAGCUUCGGGGCGCUGCCGGCGCUCAGCCUGGAGGCGCUGGAGGGGCUGCCGGGGCUGGUGGCCCUGCGCCUGGGGGGCAACCCCUGGGUGUGCGGCUGCGCCAUGGAGCCCUUCCUCAAGUGGCUGCGGGGACGCAUCCAGCGCUGCGCUGCCGAGUCGCAGCUGGCCGAGUGCCGGGCACCCCCUGAGGUAGCGGGAGCCCCCCUGCUCUCGCUGACGGACGAGAGCUUCCAGGCCUGCCACCUCACGCUCACGCUGGAUGAUUAUCUCUUCAUCGCCUUCGUCGGCUUCGUCGUCUCCAUCGCCUCGGUGGCCACCAACUUCCUGCUGGGCAUCACCGCCAACUGCUGCCACCGCUGGAGCAAGGCCAGCGAGGACGAGGACGUUUAGGUGCCGUCCACGUCCCCCUGACCCCGCCGGGACCCCGGACUGUGCCUUGUCCUUGUCCCCUCCCGCUGCCUCCCGCGCCGGGGUGGCCUCAGGACGCUGGCCUGGCGGUGGGGGGGGGACCAGGGGAUACCUCCUCUUCCUUCUGCCCCAGUGUGGGGAGGUUUUGUCCCGGUGGGCACCCCCCAGGAUUGACACCGCCCCCACGGCAGCGUGAGCUUGGACCCUCCUGUCCCCGCUACCCAGGGCUGGUGAAGGCAGCGGCACAGGGUCCUUGGGGGUCCGAUAGCAGCCUCCACACUGUACCAGGCAGUGGGACCAUGGGCUAUGACUGGGGAGCUGCCACCCUGCGAGAGAGAGAGACCCCAGAAGUGGUGCGUGCCUUUGGGGGACACCAACCACCCUCCGUGGGGGACAUCCAAGGAAACCGCCGCUUCCAGCCCAAACGCGUCAUCAGUGGAACCCCCCCGAAUCCUGCCCGUGCUCUCCAGCCUGGCCCCAGGACCUGCAGCCA